AUGAAGACCUCAAAGCAAGCCUCCUCUGACUUGGCAUCGAGUCGCAGAGCUCAGCCUUUACGGCAGACGAGAAACAAUCCCCCAAGAUCCUCAAUUUCUGGCAGUCGACCCUUCGGAUCCCGAGCGUCACUUAACAGCGGUCUCGAAGAGAAUUCGAUCGAGAUAUUUCCCGCGAUUACACACUUCGCAGAUGCUAUUACAGCUCUGCCAAAGGAGCUCGUGCGACACUUUACAUUAUUGAAAGAGGUCGAUGCCAAAAUCUUUGCGCCAGAAGAAGAACUGGGAAAGUUGAUCGACGCAGCACUCAGUGCCCCUCUUCCAAAUCGAACACAAAAUGCUCUCGGUCCAACUUCUGCUCCCAUGUCCGCACAAGGAAGUCUCAAUGGCUCUAUCAUAAAUGGUCAUGCCGGGUCUGCCAACUCUGUUGUGGAGGCCGGCGAUGCUUACACCUUCGAACCAGCCAAUAUCCCACGAAGGCAACUCUUCCAACGGAUUGCGUACACGAUGUCGAACAUGCUAGUGUCUUUGGAUGAGAAGAAUCACGUUAUAGCUACGGCUGCAGAAGCACUCAAUAAGCAGGUUGCGCGAAUUGACGACUGCUUCCCUUACAUCGAGCUCGAGAUCAGCGAGGAAGCACGAUAUGGCAGCAGUACACAUUGGGCAUAUCCUGAAAAUCGCGUACCCAAGACCGGCGCUGUUUCGCGACGAGAAAUUGCUGCUGCGAACAAUUUAUCGGCGGCAGCUCAGCACUUGGUCGACGAAGCAGCGGCCAGGAGUGACGCUAGAAAGCAAGCUCUGCUGGAGAGGAAGAAGGGGAAGACUCAGCAUGCCGACUCCGAUUUCGACGAUCAAGAAAGCCGGCAAAAAGAUAAGAAGCUACAUGGCAAUAGCAAGGUUCGAAAGGCGGCCGAUGCUGGUGUGGGAUUAGGAAUCACAAAUGGUGCUACAACAAAUGGCAACCCCCCUAAGAGACAGAAGGUCGCCAAUAAUAAGACAGCAGCUGGUGGCGCUGGCAUGGAGCGCUCUCUGAGCUCCGUUUUUGGCAGUAAUGGUACAGCUGCCAAAGGAAAAACAGGAAGCCCUCGGGAAACGCCAGUGCCAGAGCCAAAGAAGCGGGCGCGAGCUGCUGCGGGCACUGGGCAAACUCGAAAGAGCAGAAACAACACCGUCACUUCCGCUGCGAUGUCCCCAUCCUUGGCUUCCUCACCCAUACGAUCCACAUUCCCAGAGCCGAAAGGAGUAGGAACUGGUACACCUCCUCCUACAAAUGGCAGACCAGCUUCAGUGAGAGGUAGACAGAAUUCGACACAAUCGAUCAUAGAGAAGAGAGCUCCGUCCGAAGUGGCUAGCAAGCAGAAUGGUAAUGCAGUGGGGACGCCAGAUCUCGGCACAGCGGCUACCAUAACAGGGCGAAGUAUACCAGAGGUCAAAGUGACCAUGAAAGAGACGGGCUCUAACUCCAAAGGCGAACAUCUCCUCGAAGAUGUUAAUCAAGGUCCUCCAGAAAUGGUCGGUGGGCUUCUUGUGGGAAGCAGGAAAGGCAGUACCACGACCAAGCAGGAAGAACCAGAUUCCAAUGGCAGCUCCAUGCAAGAUAUACAGACCACCACCAUCACGACAACGAAGAGUGGACGCGCUAGCAAACCCUCUACUCCGGCCAUUCCAUCCUUCCCAGAAGCAAUACGAUCAAGAUCAUCGAGGGCUUUGGAGACGACGUCAAUCAAUAAACGGAGUCACAAGAAAGGUGCCGGUGCAGCAGCGCAGCAGCUUCUUGCUCAACAGGUGCAACCCGAUGACGGCGAUGAUGCAGCGAGCAACAUCAACGAUGAGGACGUUGAAGAGGAGAUUGCUGAAGAUGAGCCCACCUAUUGUUACUGUAACGGCGUCAGUUAUGGUGAGAUGGUAGGCUGUGAUGCGCCAGACUGUGAACGAGAAUGGUUCCAUCUGGAGUGUGUAGGACUGAAGGUUGCGCCGAAAGGGAAUGCAAAAUGGUUCUGCGACGACUGCAUAAAGAAACGGCCGAAUCAGAAACGUCGAUGA